AUGUCAGUUCAAAUUCCUCGCAGUUUCCGUCUACUGGAAGAACUUGAAAAGGGUGAGAAGGGUCUUGGUUCCGAGGCCUGCUCAUUGGGUUUGGCCGAUGGCGAUGAUAUUGACAUGCGAUACUGGAAUGGCACCAUUUUGGGUCCGCCGCACAGCACACACGAGAAUCGGAUCUACUGCCUUAGUCUGGAGGCUGGUCCGGAAUACCCCAAUAAUCCUCCUUCAGUCAAGUUUCUUUCCAAGAUCAACAUUCCCUGUGUCAACUCGACGACUGGUAUUGUAGAUCCUUCUAAGGUGCCUUGCCUUGCCAACUGGAAGCGCUCGUAUACUAUGGAGAAUGUUCUUUUAGAUCUCAGACAUGAGAUGGCCUCUUCUACCAACAGAAAGCUUCCUCAACCUCCUGAGGGCACAACCUUUUAA